UGAUGUUUGUGAUUCAUGUAAAAAUUCUGUUCAAGCAUCAAAAGAUUUUCUCAAUAAUGCUUUAGAAUCUGUUCUUAAUGUAUUACUUCGAACAUGUGAACGUUGUCCAUCAAAAGAUCAAUGUCGUGAUUAUUAUAAUCAACGAUUUAAUAAUAUUAAAUCUUAUAUAAACAAUAUUAAUGCUGAUCAAUUUUGUCAAUCUCUUCAUCUUUGUUCAACAUCAUUAAUUAUUAUUCAUACAGAUCAAUGUUCAAAAUGUCUAGAAAGUUUACAAUCACGAAAAGUUACUUUAUUACAUGCUUUAGAUCGUAUUGUUUCAUAUUUUGAUGAUAUUUGUCAACGUUUUGCUGGUAAACAAUGUCAAAUAUUUUUAAAACAAAUUCAAGAUUCAUUUAAAAAAUCUAUUGAAAAUUUUGAUCCAAAACAAACAUGUCAUAUAAUUGGUUUUUGUUCAACUAAAAAUAUUCCAGAUGAAAUAGAUUUUGAUAAAUAUGAAAAAUAUUUAGAAGAUGAAAUUGAUAAGAAUAUUUGUUCUAUUCUUGGUCCAUUUGAAACAUUAUGUAAACAAACAAUUCAUAAUAAUAGAAAACAAAUUGAAACAGUAAAAAUCAAUUAUAAUAUUAAAGAUCUUAUGCAAAUUGGGGAACAAAUAAAAAAUGAUGAAUGUAGUCGUGAUAAAUGUCAAUGUUGUAUCGAUCGAAUAAAUCAAAAGAAAGAAUGUGCAAAGAAUAUAACAGAUAACAUGAUAUCAUGUUUUAUUCGUUCAUGUGAUUAUUGUCCAGCUAAAGAUCAAUGUCAAAAAUAUUGGCAAGAUUAUGAAAAACAAAUUGAUUCAUAUAUUGAUAAUAUUGAUUCAAAACAAGUUUGUACUCGUCUUGGUUAUUGUAAUGUUUCAUCAUUAUGUAUGAAUAUGGGUAUUUUUCAACAAGCAUGUGAAGAAGCACUUAAUGCUUUUACACAAUCACUUAAACAUGAUCAAGAAACAUUAGAAAAUCAUUUACCACAUACAUCAAUUGUUAUUUUACCAACAAAAUCUGAAGAAAAAGAAGAAACAAAUAUUUUAAAUGAUUCAAAUUCUACUUGUAUACUUUGUGAAUAUGUAAUGACUAUUGUUUCAAAUUAUAUUCAUCGACAAUCAACUGAAGAAGAAAUUGAAAAAAGUUUAGAAAAAGUUUGUAAUCAAAUGCCAUCAACUAUUCAAAAACAAUGUCAUGAAUUAAUUGAUAAUUAUGGUCCAUCAAUAAUUGCAAUACUUAUAAAAGAAUUUGAUGUUUCAACUAUUUGUCGAAAACUUAAUUUAUGUACAAAACAAAUGAAAGUUUAUUCAUCUCAUUUAACAAAAGCAAAUCCAGUAACAUGUGGUAUAUGUGAUUAUGUUUCAACAUAUAUGAAUUUUGCACUAAAACGUGAUUCAAGUGAAAAAUCACUUCAACAUGCAUUAUCAACUGUUUGUACACAUUUAUCACAUGAACAAUAUUCACAAUGUCAAACAAUCGUUCAAUUAUUUGCACUUCAUAUGAGAAAACUAGAACUUGAUCUUACGAAUAAUUUUUGUCAACAAUUAAUUAUUUGUCAAACACCAAUGAUUGAAUUAACACCAGCAAUUGAUCUUAAUCAAAUAUCAGCGAAACCAAAACCAAUAAUGGAAAAAGAUGAAAACCUUAAAGAAAUAAUCGUUAAAAACUUAGAUAGUACACCAGAAUGUAUGUUAUGUCAUUAUGUUGUUUCAUAUUUGGAUGCUAUUUUAAAGAAUAAUAAAUCUGAAGCAGCAGUUGAAGCAGCAUUAUCAAGAGUCUGCACUAUUUUACCACGAAAAGAACGUACUCGAUGUGGCGAAUUUGUUAAAACUUAUGGACCAGUUCUUGUUGAAUUAAUUUUUGAAGUAGCUGAUCCACAAUUAGUUUGUCGUUAUCUUGGAAUGUGUCAAGUAGUUUCUUCAUCACAAGAAACAACAACAAUAGAAUCAACACCAAUUAAACAUUGA